ACUUCGGUGUCCUGACCGCAAACGUGAAGGAGCCGCUCGGCGAUGGGGCUCAGCACGGGAAGGGGUGCUCGUAUUUCCUAUUUCUGUCUCUGACAGAAAAAAAAGAAAGAAAAGAGCAACAUCGAGUCACUGUUAGUUUCAUCCGAAACGAUGGGCUUUUGACACUUAUUGCCGACAUCUGAAAAAAUAUAUAUUUAUAUUGCCGGGACAACAUCGCCAAUGAGGGCAGGAUAGUAGGAAGAGCAGUUGUGAUCCCAAGCAGCCAUCAAAAUACCUAAGGAACAAAAGGAAAGGAAGCCGUGAAGGAUCUUCCCUGGUCAUUGUCUACAAGGGAUGUCAAAGAAUGUGCCACCAAUGAGUACCACCCCUCAGGGCUGUAGCCAGUCCCCACCUGAGAUGAUCUGAAGAUGACCUCAGGUGCCAUGAAGGGCUUAGGUGCCAUGAAGGGCUUAGGUGCCAACCGCAGCCGGCACCUGUCCGAAUCCUGCGACCUGUCAGACUGUUCCCCAGGACCCCUGUACCCGACCGGCACACUCCCCCGGAGCCCCUACCUUCUGAGUCCCACUAUGGACCACUACGGCACCAUGGAGCCCCACCAUUUUGCCUCCCCCAGUCCUGGAACCCUUCCACCUGAAUGCCUUCUGCCCCUGAGUAGCCAGAUUUCUAACAGCAGCACCUUCCCCCGAAUCCACUACAACUCCCACUUCGACCAGGCUGACUUCUCGCCCGUGUCCAUGCCAGCCGGGGACAGCAUCGGGGGCAUUGGGACGGGCACCCUGGGCGGCCCCAUAUCUAUGGGCAUGAGCACCGGCAUAGGCCAGAGUCCCGUCAUCACCAGUAGCUCGGCCGUCAUAUCGCCGAGUGGGAAGAUGAACCGGCUGCCUGCCAACCUGCUGGACCAGUUUGAGAAGCAGCUGCCCGCCCACCGGGACGGCUUCAGCACCCUGCAGUUCCACCGCAGCGGCGCGUCCAAGCAGCGCGGCGACAGCCCCGGCCGCAUACGCUACCUGGUCAACUCCGUGCAGAAGCUCUUUGCCAAGUCCCAGUCCCUGGAGGUUUCUGGAAAAGGGCACGCCAACGGGCGCUUCUCUGCAGGCCCCGGGGGCUCCGCUGGGGACGGCAAGCACGGGCGCCGCAGCAAAAGCAAAGAGCGCCCCCCGAAGGCCGAGCCCCCCAAGCGCCGACCACGUUCUAACAUGUCUGGCUACUGGAGUUCCGAUGACCUGGACAGCGACAUUGGUAACUACCGCAGCCCCAUGACCAUGAUGAGCUUGGACCAGUCCACGGCCGACGGCCAAGCCUCCAAGUACUUCAUGAACUCCUACAGCACCAUCGACAAGCACACGCUCAAGGGCUCCAAGAGCAACAACAACCUCAAGAACCAGGCGUGCCUGGCGAUAUCUGCCCCCGGGGGUGGCGCCCCCCGGGCCAUCAGCUCUGGGGUGGAUACCGACUUCCUGAAGGGCGGCUCUUGGUCCACCUUGACCCUCAGCCAGGCCCGGCAGAUGUGUCAGAGGGGCUCGGCCACCAUCGACAGAGCAAUGCUGACCAAGUCCAAGUCCUGCACCCAAGACCUGACCUGCCACUAUUUGCAGGUCCCCCCUGAGGACUGGAACAGCACCUUGGGCAGAGGCAGCAGCUCCGGUGAGAUCCCCUGCCGGCGGAUGCGCAGCGGCAGCUACGUGAAGGCCAUGGGGGACCUGGAAGACAGCGACGACUCUGAGAGCAGCCCCAAGCCCUCGCCCAAGAUGGCAGCGCGCAGGCAGAGCUACCUGAAGGCUACGCAGCACUCGCUCAGCGACCAGCUGCCGUCCCGCAACAGAGCUUGGGGCUGCACAAUGCUGCAUGGGGAUCUAGAGCCAUUGUGGUCUCCAAUGCAAAGUGUGUCCUCUCUACAUCAGCUGGGCAGCUGUCUUCCUUCCCUGAGGGAGCUCUCCACCAACCGCAGCCUGGACAGCCUGGACUGCUUCGGAGGGCCUGCCGGCUCGCCCUUUUUGCAGUGGGAUGAUGAAGACUUCGGUCGGACCUGCAGCACACUGGGGAAGAGCAGCUGCCACAGCCAGGUUCGGGAAUUGGAGGUAAGCCACCGAUAUGAGGAGACCUGCUCCGAGUCGGUGUUCGGCGAGUCUGACUCCCAGGCCGUGGAGGUUCUGGACCUCCCGCUGCCCACCUCCUUCCGGUCACGCAGCCAUAGCUACCUGCGCGCCAUCCAGGCGGGCUGCUCUCAGGACGACGACACCGCCUCGCUGGACUCCGACUCACCCCCACCUACCGCCACCACCGUCCGCACCUACAGCACAAGCACCUUGUCCACAUGCAUAACCACUUGUAAGAAGGCAGCCCCGCCCCCAGUCCCUCCACGCACCACCUCCAAGCCCUUCGUCUCAGUGACGGUGCAGAGCAGCACCGAGUCAGCCCAGGACAACUACCUGGACAGCCAGGACCACAAGAGUGAAGCGAACAGCCAGUCGGGUCGGAGCAACUCCUCAGACAGUCUGAGCAGCGGCACGCGAGCCGGCGGCGCGCCCAAAGGCGCCCAAGUGCAGCUCCCGCUCGCCUCCUGCCGCGACGCCCGUUCACUCCGCAGCCCCCCCGAGGAGCCCAAGCAUGGCGCCCUGACGGUCAACGAGCCCAGAGCCAACCCCGUGCCUAGAAGGAAGCUCUCGUCCAUCGGCAUACAGGUGGACUGUGCCCUCCCAGCCCCGAGGGAGGAAACCCCACCAUUAAGCAAGUUCCAGUCUAUUGGAGUACAAGUAGAGGAUAGUUGGCAGCUCAGCCGGUCCAGCAGCAUGGCCUCCAAACCAGAGACAGACUCAGACACACAGGAGAUCAUCGCUCCCAAACCUGCCAUCAAGAACCUGGUGAACAGUGCCUGCCAGUCCACGGACUCACCGGGUCGGCACAAGCAGGCUGACGCCGACGGCGAUGGAGGUGGGGCUCUACGCCAGUUGCCCGGCCGCGCCGCCACACACAGCGGCUCCACUUCCUUCUCUGAGUCACUGGACCCCGCACUGGACCCGUCCUCGUUGCCGCCGCCUGAUCCGUGGCUGGAGAGCGGGAACAACAGCUCCCCCGGCGGGCCGCCGCAGCCCAGCGUGCCUGCCUGCCGCCGCGACGGCCACUGGUUCCUCAAGCUCCUGCAGGCGGAGACGGCACGCAUGGAGGGCUGGUGCCAGCAGAUGGAGCAGGAGACCAAAGACAACCAGCUGUCAGAGGAGGUCUUAGGGAAGAUCCGCAGCGCAGUGGGCAGCGCCCAGCUACUCAUGUCUCAGAAGUUCCAGCAGUUCCGAGGACUCUGCCAGCAGAACUUGAACGUCAACGCCAACCCACGGGCUACUGCUCAGGACCUGGCCGGGUUCUGGGACCUGCUGCAGCUCUCCAUAGAAGACAUCAGCAUGAAGUUUGACGAGCUCUACCACCUCAAGUCCAACGACUGGCAGCCGGCUGACUCUGCGGACAAGAAGGAGGACAAAAAGCAGCCGCCCCCCGUGCCAAAGAAGCCGGUGAAGGCCAGGCCGGUGACGGGCAAGGAGAAGGUCGGCGACACCUCGGACAGGCAGCGGCAGGAGGCCCGCAAGAGGCUGAUGGCAGCCAAGCGGGCGGCCUCAGGCAGGCAGAACUCGGCCACGGAGAGUGCGGACAGUAUCGAGAUCUACGUCCCCGAGGCCCAGACUCGGCUCUGAGGAGCGGCAGGGAGGCCCGGGUCCAGGCCCAGGUCUGCCGCCUCGUCGGAGGACACGGGGGGUAGGGCCGGUCCCUGGCGGCACAGAACGGGAAAUUGAAAUCACUUCUGGGAAAUACGUGCACAAAAAACAAAACAAAAUGUGUAAAUAAACUCCUUUUACUUGGUUGCCACGAAAAGAAAAAAAAAACCUCAAGACUUUGAUAUUAUUAUUAUUAUUAUUAUUAUUAUUAUUAUUAUUGAUGACGAUAAUGUUAUAUUGUUAUCUUCUAAUCUAUAUCAGACGGUCUUAAAUGUCAUAAUAUCUUGCAUAGGGGCUCUCCUCCCACAUGGACGUUGACGUUCCUCUUUCCAGCUGCAACACCCCCCCACACGCACACGCACACGCACAUUGCUGCCACACAGGUGCCAGUUGAAUGCCACCCCAUGCAUUCCUUUACAAUAGAAUGCGUGCACCCUCACACACACACACACACACACACACACACACACACACACACACACACACACACACACACUGUGCCCUAUGCUCAGCUAUGAUCUUUGUCUUCCUGUAAGCAGUACCUGCCAGCUUCCGGGUGCCUCUGCUGCAGGGGAGGGUGUAAAGCAGACUGACAGAACAGUAGGACCAAUUGCAGAUCAGACAGGGGGAGGGAAUAUAUAGUAUGACAUUACUUACCUGUAUGCAGGAAGUCUUUUUUUUUUUUUUUUUUUUCCCCAGACUGACAGAGCUGUAGGACCAAUCAGAGACCCCUUCUGAUGGAACUUGUCAGUAUGUGGAAGGAUUUAAGAAGCUGUAGAACCAAUCAAAGGGGCCAAAACAAACACUGCAACAUACUGUAUUAUUGUAUGUACAUCCAAACUGACAGCUGUAGGAUCUAUCAGAAGGAGCAAAACCGCUGUGAUCCUUUUUUAAUUCACCCAAUCAAGCUUUUAGCUUCUCAAAUCCUUUCAGGACAGUCUUUAUCAUUUCUGCAUCUUGAUUUGCUGUAUUCAUCCCACUCUGCUGUCACAAUUGCAAGAAUGGAGCCACACUCUUCAUUUUCACAUUGCGUGUCCUUCAGCUCUUCAGAGAAAUGUGGCUCCUUCAGAGCAUUACCACAACCCAUUGUGAUAUGUUUAGUUUGUUUCGUGAUGUGCCCGCCCCUAUCAUACGCUCUUCACAAACUCCUCAUUAAAAUUACUUCCAUUACAGCCAUGCUAGGGUCUGGCCAAUGAUUUUCUGGUUGAAGGUUCGCCACAUUCCCGUUGUUGCACUUUGAUGGGCAGGGUUGAAGGGAGGCAGUUGCACUAGAUGUGUUUCCAGCUGAAAACAAAUGUAGAUACAUUGCAACUGUGGACGAUGCUUCUGUUUGAUGCCUGCUUUCGAGUAUGCUGACCAGGAGUGUGUCUCCCAGCACUGCUUAUGUUGGUCCCUAGUUAUAUAAGGCCACCCAUGCUCCAGACAGCUGGGGUCACAAGUACAUCAACAACAAGGCAGUUCAUUCAAGUAUGCCCCAGACUCAUGGUCAUUUUCACAGGCCACAGUUGUGUCUGUGUGUGUACCACGUACCAUUCAUUCCUCUUCAUUUUAAUCACCAGAAAAGAAUGGGACAACUAGGGUAGAUUCGGGUGUGAGUGCCAGAAUAUGGACCAAUAAAUGUAAUGUUUUUUUCUCUAGUUAAUGCAUUUUUCAUGUUUUAGAAGCUGUCUUUGUGUGAGUGAGACUUAAGGUUUUGUACUCGGUGAUCGGAACAGGUUGUCAUCUCAUAAUAUUCAUGCAGUUUGGUUGGUUAGCGGGCUGUGUAGCAGGAGCUGGUAGGGACCUGUGUAUCUUGUGGAAUCAGUGGGUCUGGACCCAUUGUACACCAUGUGUACGGUUUUUCAGCCCUGCCGUGGUCAACUGAACUGUUUAACCGAAACCGGCACUGGAUCUACCAGUUGAGCCUCUUCCCCUAGCAGAGGCAGUUAUUAGCGUUGUAAAUUAGGACAUACUGUGAUCACCCAGGACCAGAGUAUAGAAGACAUGCCUAAGCCCCCUGAAAGUAGCGGGAAUGCAGCCAGAACUACACAUCAUACUACCUGACAGACACACAUCACCUGAAGAUGAAAUGAACAUCAGUAUCAAGUGUUUGUGCGUAGAUUUUUUAUUUUGCCCAGACAUUCCACUGUCCAAAGCUUCCACUAGCUUAGAAGGUUCAGACAUUCCUCCAGCUGUGUGCGUGUUUGUGUGUAACUUCCUGUGAUCCCCUGGACUUGGCCACGAAAAUGCAUGACACUCAACCGUUUCCACUGGCAAGUCGUUCAUGUGCAAAUAUUUUUGUAGCAACUCCUCGGAGAAGCAGUCACAGGGUUUCUAGGCUAACACUCAUCUGGAAAAUGGUUACAUGAACGUGAAAACUAUACAUGUAUAUUUAUAAUGUCUUCAUACGGUCCGUCAUUUUUAUAUCGUGUUUUUGCGUUUUAGAAACGGCGUGUAGCUUUAUCCUAGUUGGCACGUUGUCGAUGUGAUGAGAUUUGGAAUGAAGUUGGCUCCCUCUGGUGGUCAGUUUGUAGAUGCAUUUAAACUUCAACACUCAGCCAUAGUUUCUCUCUACAAAACACGCCGGUUUUUCUUUUGAAUGUGAUCAGGUAUUGCAGCAGUUAUAUGGUUAGCCAAGAAAAAGAAGAGAUUGGAAAAAAAUGUUUACAAAUUAUAGCUAAUAGUUCUGAUUUAAAAAUAAAAAAUUAAGGGUCUCCUUAGGGGUUAUAAUCGUCAAACUUUGGAACCUGUGGUGUAAAAUUUCAUAUUUAGGCACCCCCCAGUUGCAAGCGCAGCAUGCCUGGUUUUUCUACAGACAUAAUUUGAUUCUCGCCACAUCUGUUUAAUUGAUAGUGGCAUCUAAAUUACCCUGGGUUACAUUCUUUGACGUGUUGUCACAGUAUGUUCUUCAAUUACCACACACACAUACACUCUGUGAAGUCAGGGUUUUUCAAUAUGUGUAUAUACAGUUUUCCUAAAAUCACCCAAAUAAAUCCGGUUUAUGUUUUAAAUGUG